UUUUCUUCAGAUUCUCCCAAACUUCCAAUGAAAAGUCCUGCCCACAGUCUUCGCACAAAAACUCCUUCUCCUCGCUCUUCACCUCGUACUCCACGUCCUAAAUCUUAUGCUGGUUCCACAUCUGGACAUGACAUAGUAAUUGUUCAACAAGGCACACAAAUGCAAGAAACUUUAGAUGGUGAUCCAGAACUGAUAAAAUUACAAACAAUUCCUACAUUUCUUCCAAUUAUGAGAGGUGCACUAAAUAUUCCAACAGUCAGAGAUCCAGAAGUAUUAGAUAAAUUAGAUCCCCAAGGUGUUCUUCAGUUGUGUUUGAGGUAUCAGGAACAUUUACGAUAUUGUGCAGAAGCUGUAAGCAUAGAACAAAAUGCCAUUGCAGGAAGAAUCCGUGAAGUUGAUUUUGCUAUAGCGACCCUUAUGGGUCUCAUAACAGAACGGCAGAAAAAAUUUGCAAAGUACGCCGAACAAUUAGGAAAGGUGAAUGAAAUAUCGUCAACUUUAAAACGAUGUCAGACAGCAUUAGCAGAAACAUUAGAAAGCAUGGAAACAUUGAACGCUAUGCUUCCACCCGAAGAUCGGUUAGAGCCAUUUGUCAUGGUAACUGGAUAGGAAUUACUCAAUUCUGCAAAGGCUGAUUCUGAUUGAAUUACAUUAUUAUUUUAAAAAUAGAAAUUUAUAAUACAAACAUAAACCAAAAGAAAAUAUUGUGUAAAUAUAUAGUAAUGAAUAAUCUCUUAUUGCACUAUAUAUAAAUCAUGUGAAACUAUCAACUCAUUAUUUUAAAUAUUACUUAUAUUUAAGUAUUUCAUUUACAAACAGUGAUUUUCUUAAACAGUUAGCAAUUUUCAUAUGCUAUAAAGCUUACAUUUCAUUCAGAAUGGCUGGCUGCAGAAUUUGAAAUCUCUUUCUAUCAGUUACAGGAUUAAUUGUUAAUUAACUUACUAUACUUAUAUAAUUGAAUAUUUGUUUUAAGUACAUUGUUGAGGAAGAUUUCUUUAACCAGUUUAACCAGUAUUUAACUGUGCAAAAAUAUUACAUUCAUUUUAAAUUUCUAUUAGAUGUAAAUUAUUGUAUAUU